CGUUAUAGUAAACACUCAAUAGAGCAUACUGAGUUCCCAACGCCUGAGCAUUGCCAGUGCAAGAUGUUGUUCGUGGAGUGCACAGGGACACCAUACGAGAUCGGCCACCAGCACGGUACAGCCGCUAGAACUGAGAUUGAGCGCUGUAUCUCUUUCUACGCUGGUCUCUUUCAGACAAACUGCAAGCAAACGUGGCCACAAGUCCAUCAACACGCCUCCAAGUUCGAGAGGCAUGCGAAGGAAACAUGGCCUGCCUUUCACGAAGAGAUGCGCGGCAUAGCUGAUGGGGCUGGAAGAGAAUUGCUCGAUAUCGUGGCGCUCAAUGUGCGGACAGAGAUCAACUUUGGACUGUUUAGUGAUGGAUGCACAGCGCUAGCAUGGCAAACCAGCAAUUUACAGGCACCACGAAGCCAGUACAUGCCUAGAAGUUGGCUGGCCCAGAAUUGGGACUGGAUGACCGAGCAGAAGCAAAAUCUCAUUAUCACCAAAAUCACCCAGGCCAACAAACCCACUAUCAUCCAAGUCACUGAAGCCGGCAUCAUUGGAAAGAUCGGGUUCAACAGCUCAGGCCUAGGAACACUGCUCAAUGCAAUCAAAGUGCAUGGCGUGGACUCAACGCGACUGCCUGUGCAUUUCGGUUUGCGAAUGGCGCUUGAGAGCAACUCUGUCGAUGAAGCAGUCAGCAAGCUAGAGACGCAUGGCAUGGCUUCUUCAGCGCACAUCCUUAUCGCUGAUUCGAACAUUUCCCUCGGCCUUGAGUUCACGAAGUCGACUUUUGCACAUUGUGUCCCCGACUCCGCGGGCCGUAUCGUCCACGCAAAUCACCUGCUUCUCGAGCAUCCUGGCGAGACCGACACAGUAUGGCUGAAAGACUCUCUAACGCGUGUUUGCACUAUGACCGACAAUGCGAACAAGUUGAAUGAACAGCCUAGUUGGGAAGAUGUGAGUAGGCUAUUCGAAGACGAACAGAAUUGUCCAGCUUCGAUCUGUAGAAUCCAGACCAAAGAAACAGGCAGUGAGACCUUGUUCAACAUUGUGAUGGAUUUGAAGAGUAAGACGGCUGUCGUGAGGUUAGGCAGGCCGACAAGAGUAGAGGAAACUAUCGAGUUAGCCUUGUGAGAAGAAAGUCAUAGCCUUGCAGUCAUUACGAAACCAGGCGGUCGAAGGGCUUGGUUUUGCAUCAUUGAAUAACACCGGAAAGUUUUCCACUACAACCCGCUACUCUAACUAUUCUCGUGACCUUAUCCUUUACCCUUGUGUGCGUUCCAGCAUGCGA